UUCCCAAUGUUGCUCAUGUAUCCCUUGAGAAGCAUGGACUAAGUCUUCCUCUUGACUUAAGCAGUAACUUGGAUGUUUCAGCCCUGUUCACUGGGGAGGCUGUCCGCUAUAGCAAACAGACCAGUCAGGAGAACCAGAUUAUUAGAUGUCAUCUUUCCAAAGCAGGAAUGGAUGGCAGAGUAGCUCCGGUGGUCCCAGGAACACUGAAAAUUGAGAGGAAAUCAAAAUUGGAAGAGAGAUCCUCAUCUUUACUUGGUAAAAAGAAGGAGAAGGAGAAAAAAGAGAGGAAGGAGAAAGAUCUGAAGUCAAAACAGAAGAAGAAGAAAAAGAAAAAGAAGAAAUCAAAGCAGCAUGAUUACUCUGACUUUGAGGAUAGCUCUCUUGACUACUUCGAUAGGUGCUCCUCCCCCUUCACUCGGUCUUCUGGCAGCUCGCUGACGCUCCGCAGCACAACAACCGAGAAGAGCACGUCCUAUCAGUACCCGAGGGCUAUUUUAUCUGUCGAUCUCAGCGGUGAAAACCUUUCUGAUAUGGAGUUUCUGGAUGACUCUUCCACCGAGAGCUUGCUGUUGAGUGGCGAUGAAUAUAAUCAGGAUUUUGAUUCGACCAACUUUGAAGAGUCCCAGGACGAAGAGGACGCUUUGAACGAAAUAGUCAGGUGUAUCUGCGAAAUGGAUGAGGAAAAUGGCUUCAUGAUUCAG